CUGCAGAGGGGAGAAUCCCAGUGCUUGUUUGUUCCCCUGCAAAGGCGUCUCUUGGCAGCGUGGAGGAGCCUGUAUCUUUAAAUGGAGCGUUGGGAGCUGGAAAUGGAACGUUGUGUUCGCGAGCGUUCUGCGGCGCGGUGACUAACGUUCGGAGGAGACUGGGAAGUCAGGAGCACCUGGCUGCGUCUCCCCUUCCCACCCGUCGUCAGCGCGGGCAUUAAUGCCCGUUUGUUGUUCUUCGUUGUCCAAAUCCCGAUAGUUGUGGCUUCCCCGGAGCUGGAAGAAGCAAGCAGACAUAGAAGGUCGUUUGCAUAGUGGUUUUUGGUGAUGGCUUUAAAAUGCCUGCAGCAGCUUCCAAAGGGAGGGGAGCGCAUUAUUGAUGAGUUGGGAAUAUGCCUUCUUCCUGGGCAGGGCCCUGCGGGAAGGUUAAAGAACUCGUUCUUGACAACUGUAGGUCAAAUGAAGGCAAAAUUGAAGGACUCACAGAUGAGUUUGAAGAGCUGGAAUUCUUAAGUACAAUCAACGUAGGCCUAAGCUCAGUUGCAAACUUACCAAAGUUAAACAAACUUAAGAAGCUCGAACUAAGCGAUAACAGAAUCUCAGGAGGACUGGAAGUAUUGGCAGAAAAGUGUCCAAACCUCACACAUCUAAACCUAAGCGGCAACAAAAUAAAAGAUCUCAGUACAAUAGAACCUCUGAAAAAAUUAGAAAACUUGAAGAGUUUAGAUCUUUUCAAUUGCGAGGUAACCAACUUGAAUGACUACAGAGAAAAUGUGUUCAAGCUCCUCCCACAACUCACAUAUCUUGACGGUUAUGACCGGGAUGACAAAGAAGCCCCCGAUUCCGAUGCAGAGGGCUAUGUGGAGGGCCUAGAUGAUGAAGAGGAGGAUGAAGAUGAAGAGGAGUAUGAUGAAGAUGCUCAAGUAGUAGAAGAUGAAGAGGAUGAUGAGGAGGAGGAGGAAGGAGAAGAGGAGGAUGUGAGCGGGGAAGAGGAGGAAGAUGAAGAAGGUUAUAAUGAUGGUGAAGUAGAUGAUGAUGAAGAAGAAGAAGAAAUUGAAGAAAAGGGGCAGAAGAGAAAACGAGAACCCGAAGACGAGGGUGAUGAAGAUGAUUAAACUGAAUAACCUGUUUUGAAAGUUUCCUAUUGUGAUUUGACUGUUUUUACCCUGUAUUCUCCUCCCUUCCCACCCCCCCAAACUUAUUUUUUUUUCUGAUUGUAAUGUUGCUGUGGGAAUGAGAGGGAAAAGUGUUUUGGGUGGGCGAGGGAAAAUACUAUUUUUACUGCCACUCCUACUUUUCAUUUUGAAAAUUUUUUUUGUCCCUUUUAGUUCCUGACUGUAAAUGCAAUAGUAAGUAUAAACCAAGUGGCAAUUUGUUUCUUAUUAUUGGAGUGGAUAGUCUGACAUCUUAAACUUAAGAUCACUAGAGGAUAUCCAAAGUAGGCAUACAGUCUGUUUUGAGACAGCUAAAUAUCUCUGGUUGUUGGGAUUUACCAUCUCUGCCGGUCACUGAACAUAUUGUAAGCAUUUUUUCGGGGGGGAUGCUGCAGAUCUAGGCAAAGCAUCCAGUCCACAGCAACAGGAGUGAGAAUGGCAUAUUGAUAAAGUGAUUUCUUUGUUGCCUGUUUGUGAAUGACUGCCAUUUUCAGCCAAUGCUUUCCCUGCUUCUGUAGGUAACUCUUAUUUUGCUGUCUGUAAAUAGUGACCAAA